AGCUUUGACUGGACAGAUUUGACUGGACAAAGGCUGUGAGAUGCUUGCCUUUUGGAGUCUUGCACUUUUACUGAACAGUGUGGCUACAGGUAAAGAAGUCUGUUAUGACCGUCUGGGCUGCUUUACAGAUAAUGUACCAUAUUCUGGUACUACAGAACGGCCUAUUUCAAAAUUACCCUGGACACCAGAGAAAAUAAACACCCGCUUCCUUCUCUAUACUAAAAAGAACCCUAAUAACUUCCAGGAAAUCACUGCAGUUAAUCCAGAGACUAUUGGUUAUUCGAAUUUUGAUACCAACAAGACAACUCGUUUUAUUACCCAUGGUUUUGUAGAUGAUGGUGAAGAAAACUGGCUUUCAGACAUGUGCAGGAGAAUGUUUACGGUCGAAGAUGUGAACUGCAUCUGCAUAGACUGGAGUAGUGGUUCUCGAUGUCCCUACACCCAAGCAGCAAACAAUAUCCGUGUGGUGGGAGCUGAAGUGGCUUAUUUUAUAAAUGUCCUUGUGGAAGAUUAUGGAUACUCUCUAUCCAAGGUUCAUUUCAUUGGUCACAGUCUUGGGGCACAUGUUGCUGCUGAGCUGGGGAGAAGAGUACCAGGAAUUAAAAGAAUAACUGGACUAGAUCCAGCUCAACCUUAUUUUGAAGGCACACCAAAUGAGAUCAAACUGGAUAGAACUGAUGCUGAAUUUGUUGAUGUUAUUCAUACAGAUUCAGCUCCAACCAUUCCAUAUAUGGGCUUUGGAAUAAGACAAGCUGUGGGACACCUUGAUUUUUAUCCAAAUGGAGGAGAAUAUAUGCCAGGAUGUAAGAGGAAUGCACUUUCACAAAUAGUAGACAUUGAUGGUAUCUGGGAAGGAACCCGGGACUUUGUGGCCUGCAACCACCUGAGGAGCUACAAGUAUUAUUCAGACAGCAUUCUGUAUCCAGAUGGGUUUUUAGGUUACCCCUGUGCUGCAUACAACUUAUUUGAAACAGGCUGCUUCCCAUGUCCUACAAGUGGAUGCCCUAAAAUGGGCCACUAUGCAGAUCAAUAUAAAGACCAAAUCACCUCCUCAUCAGGAUUUAUGAAGCUUUAUUUGAAUACUGCAGAUGCUAAGGAUUUUGCCCGUUGGAGAUAUAAAUUAUCAGUUACACUAUCUGGAAAGAGCAGUGUCCGUGGAUACAUAAAUAUUGCUCUGUAUGGGACAGGUGGGAAUACAAAGCAGCACCAGAUUUUUCAGGGGAAGCUCCAACCUGCUGAGAGUUAUACCAAGCUAAUUGAUGUAGAACAUAAUGUUGGAAAGGUUACUAAGGUUAAGUUUCUUUGGAACAACAAUAUCAUAAAUCCAACUUUGCCUAAACUGGGAGCAGCAAAGAUUACAGUACAAGAUGGAGAAGAUGGGAAUGUGUACAAUUUUUGUGGCAGUGACACUGUGAGAGAAGACGUUCUUCAAACGCUGACACCAUGCUAAUAUGCAUAAAAGGCAAGGAUCUUUAUUCAAAUCUUAAUUAAAAAGUGAGUUUCUGGCACCGCG